AUGGGGAAAAUUGAUGAUCUCGCGGAUGAGCUUCACGGAUCGUUGGCGUCGGUGACGGUGACGGUCGCGACGAUGGCAGAAAAUUGGGAGCAGCAAAAAAAGACGAACGAGAUGACGAACCAGAGCAUUUCGGAGAUUCAUUCGAAUCUAUCACGACUCACGGAGAUGAUGACCAGAAUUGUGGCGAAUCAGAGCAAUCCGACGACAAUCAAUGGAAUCCGUCGACGAGUCAACAGAAUCCGGCAAAUUUCACAACGCAUUCUCCACUUGUGCGUGAGGCUGGGGCGGUAUUCGGAUGAUGAUAGGUUGGAUCUACUUUCCAUUACGCUGAAAGGUCCAGCUCUUCACUGGUUCAACAGAGAAAUGUCCAGAGAACCAUUCAGAGAUUGGCCACAGUUCAAGAAAAGGAUGAUUGCGAGGUUUAGUCAAAAGAUGGAAGAGAAUCCAGGGAAGAGAUUAUUCAGCUUGAGACAGACUAGUUCUAUUGCGGAUUGUGACAGGGAUUGA